UAUCGUGACUAUGAGUCGUAUGACUGCAAAGUUCAGUUUAUUUAGCAGGCUAUGUUUUGUUGGAAUGACUGUAAAACCACAAAGAAGGGCCUAAUUCACAAAUGUCUCUUAGGCUCUGUUAGACACCAAAGCAUCCUCUUUGCAAGUCUUUUAGCAUUGGACUGCGAGAUCGCAAAGUUGCGAGAGUUUAGUGAAUGCACGGCAAAAUGAUUUCCACUCGAACAGAUGAUGAAGUGGAUUGUCUAAUUGAGAGAAUAUCCGACACAGAAAGUGUUGAGAAAGCUGAGAAACUCUAUUCAUAUGAGUCUUAUCCUGGGAUACAGAAACGACAUGUCUUGACUAUCUGGGCUUUCCUUGGUUUCUUCAAUGUCUACUGUCUGCGGGUCAAUCUCAGUGUGGCCCUUGUUGCCAUGGUGAAUAACACAGACUCAUCCAAGAAUGACUCUCAAAGCACUGAAUGUGUUGGACCUAAUGAUACGACAACAAAUAACUUGUCAGGAGAGUUCCCCUGGAACGAGGAGACUCAAGGCUGGGUUCUUGGUGCCUUCUUCUACGGUUACAUCAUUACACAGAUCCCGGGUGGCUAUCUGGCAGCGACAUUUGGGGCUAAACGUCUCUUUGCUUAUGGAAUUCUCUGUACGUCAGUCUUAACACUUCUGACACCAGUGGCAGCCAGACUUCACCUCGGUGUGUUGAUAGCACUGAGAGUUGUGGAGGGAUUGGGAGAGGGAGUAACAUUUCCGUGCAUGCAUGCAAUGUGGGGUAACUGGGCCCCUGUGUGGGAACGCAGCAAAUUAACAGGUUUUGCUUAUGCAGGUUGUUAA